GUGAAGUUGACAACCAGUAAACAAUCUGAGUUUGGGUUAUGAGGAAAUAAAAGCUGCCACAGACGGCCACCAGCAGUACGAUCAGGAGUUUUACAAGGAGAACUGGAUUCCAUGACCAACUCCAGCUUGAUCCUGUAGUAGAACAUAGUCUGGGUCCUCAGCAUCAGUGAUUUCAGACCAAGAAUUGCCUCCUCCUCCUCCUCUUCCUCAUCCUGUUCUUCAAACAGCAUCAAUAUGAUCGUAUCAACUGAAGUAAAAAAUUCUACACUUUGGGUUGGAUCAUGGAGGCCCCACAGACCAAGAGGACCCAUUGCUGCCCUCUAUGGAAGCCCAGGGCCGAAGUAUGCGCUGCCUGGACUCACAGGUGUUUCUAAACAUGACCCGACUAAAUUCAAAGCACCAAUGUUCAGCUUUGGGACACGUCAUGACCUGGGAAUGUCAAGCUGCUCCCCUGGACCAAAGUACCUCAUCGACUCUAACAUCACCAGAACAGGGAAAGGCGGCGCUCCUGUGUAUUCACUGCACAGCCGCUCAAAGGAGCAGGGAUUGUUCCAGGGCCCUGGACCAGGCCAGUACUCCCCUGAGCUUUCAGGAAAGAUGACCUAUAACUCUGCUCCUGCUUAUUCUCUGUUUGGGAGAAGCAAAGACUUCACCAUCAACAAUACACCAGGUCCAGCCUCGUACACACUGCCCUGUGUGCUGGGGCCCGGAACUGUGGUCACAGCUACAGCUCCCGCCCACUCACUCCGUGGACGCAGCAAAACUGGAAGCUUCCACGAGGACCUGACCAAGACUCCUGGCCCUGCUGCCUACAAAGUGGUGGACCCCUGUACUUACAGUCAGAGACCGCCACGGUUCAGCAUGACGGGCCGCAACUUCGCCCCUGGGGAAACCACACAGAAACCAGGGCCUGGUUCUCACUGUCCUGAGCGGGUGACCCAGACAAAACCUAAAGCUCCGAGCUUCUCAUUCGGGAUUCGUCACUCAGAAUUCAUCUCACCCCUCAUUGUCAUUGGGCCUGAGUGACAACACAAGAUCUCUUAUUAGAACUGGAAAGAAAUCACACAACAGCGUCAAAUAGAGCCCAAGAAGAAAGCGACUCUGGAUUCCUUACAUCAGAUUUUAUCACCAUAGAUUAAGAGCUUGUUGUGUUGGUAAUUGCCACUUUAUCAGGCUUGUGACGCUGUCUGUGUUUUGGGUGUCAUUAAAAUUGUAUUAAUUCAA